UUGAAUUACAAGUAAAUGGCAACACAUUGCUGGUUAACGUUGUGAAAAGUUUCUGGUCCUGUCUUUUUAACCUAUAUGUGUUAUUAUUUUAUAAUUGAUAAAUUAAGUAAAUUCGAAACUCAUUCAUGUAGCUGGUAAAUUAAUUUUCCUAUUGAUUUCUGUAACAGUACGGAUAUGAGUAAACGUUUACUUCAGAGAGGCCGUUAUCCUAAAGGCCCUGGUGUUAGUCACAUAAAUAACUCAAAUUCACAAUUUCCACCUCCAGCUCCAGUUUCACAACCAUCUCAACCUGGUGUGAGUUAUUUUGAUCCUUCUCAGCCUCCUCAGGUGUGGCCGCCUGAUCAAAACGCAUGGAACCAACAAUCGUAUGCUGCCACCACUAAUUAUCAACAAACAACUACAUCGAAUGCUCCACCUGUUUCUGAACCAGCAAAUUAUUGGUCCGGGGCACAAAUGUUUCCUAACACUAUGCAGGCUCCUUGGAAUGAAUCUUGGAAUUCUAAGCCAGAUAGUUCAGCAAAUAAUUCAGAGUACAUUUACCAACAGCCACCUGCAGUUCAGGCUGCUCAACAAUGGCAGCAAGCCCCUUAUAUGGCCACUGAUAAUCAAAGUUACUCUCAACCUCAAAUGGAAACUUAUAACUCACAGUUUCAACAGGGAUAUCAGUAUCCUCCAACUAAUGAAUACCAGCAUUCAAGUAAUGUUUCUAAUAAUCAGCCUGCUAAUAACUCUGAAUAUCAAUCUUCUAAUAAUCUUGUAAAUAACCUACCACCUACAAGUAGUUAUCAAUUUAACAAUUCCUCAGAAUUUCCCUCGGCGAAUAAUAAUUCUAUGCAACCGAGUAUGCCUUUACAAAACUGGGAAAACGGAACACUCCCACAUGUCACUAAACCCGAAGAACUGCCAUGGACCUAUAGCACGCCUCAAUAUAGUAAUCCACCUUUAAAUGAUUAUGCUCAAAUUCCUAAUUCUUCAGCCAAUGUACCUUGGCAUCCUUCUGUAAGUUCUAACCAAGAUGUUAGUUCAGAACACAAUAUUCAGAAUACACCACACAACUACUUACCCUUAGACUCUAAUAAUGUAUCUAAUCAGAUGCCCUUAGAAUCGGAGACAGUUGUACCUCAAACUAUAUCACAGCAAACAGAACAAACACAGAGUGAUGUAAAUAGUGGUAUGUCAAUGCAGCAAGAAUUUUGUGAUACAGACUAUAGUGCUAGUACAUUAUCUGCUUUUUUUCACCCAAGUGAUUUAGUUAAACCAGACAAUGAAAUACCCGAGGAUAGCAGAGAGGUGGUUUCUGAUGAUCUUCAGAAUAUUGAAUCAUCUAGUCAAGAAACUCAUUCUAUGGCUCUUGUUGGUGAAAAUGGCUCUGUUAAAACGUCAAGAGCUGCCUCAGAAGAAGGUAGCUUGGAAGGUACUUGUAGUAGCGGUUUUGUGCAGGAAGAAAGCCUCAAUGAUCCCGUUAAAGGAUCUUUUUCUAAUUCUCCAUCACCAUGCUUAACUGAAGAACCAGUUAAUCAAGAAGUCCCAGAGCCACCUGGAAGUAACUUAUCAAACUUAUCUGUUAAAGGCGAGAAGGACUCUGAUGAAUCUGGAGAAGAGCCACAAAAUCAACAAGUUCCUUCACAGUCUGGCCAAUCAUCCCGCUCUACUUCUGUUGAAAGAGAAAAAAUAGUAAUACGUCCUAGAGAAGAGAGUCCAUUUAAGCCCCCUAAGACAAAUAGUUCAAAAAGUAUUGUAGUCCAAAAAGAAACAUCUGUGAGUCCUGUUGAAACAAAAAUUCCAGAAGACAAAACAGUUGUUCAAGAAGUGAAUCUUGAAACGUUCCCCGACAAUUUGGAAAGACCAUCUGAUUAUGAAGAACUUAGGAAACAGUCUCCCUUGUAUGCUCAUAAAAGACAUCUAAGGCAAGAAUUAAAUAGUUCACCUAGUUCAUUGUUAUGUGAUAAUCCUGACAUUCCAUGUGUAACUCUUGCACCAGCUGCCCCUCCCAUAUCUUCUGCAAAAUCAGAUAAAUCUGAAUCGUCUUCAGAUUCAAGAUCUGAUGGAUUGUCUCUACGUAGCUCCAAUUUGUCUCUUUAUAAUUUGCAAGAGUCUUUACCCAAGGCUUCAUCUUCUGACAAAAUUAGUAAAGUAGAACGACCUGAAUUAUUGCAGCAGAACAAACAACCCUUAAUAAUGCAGCAGGCUAUACCCCCAAACUCCGAAAAUCCGUUAUAUUCCUACAACAACUCUCUGCCCAAGACAAAAGAUAAUGAUUUGCAUAACCUUGGAAAUUCUGUUUCUCAACCUCCUAUGCUCUUAAAAGAUUCAAAAAUUAGUAGCAAAACUCAUAUCAAUGAAAAGCCACAAGAAUAUGAUCAAAGAUCAUCAUCUGCUGAUUAUCAAAGACCAUCUGCCAGGAAAGAUGAAAUGCCUCAUGCAAGUAAACAUGAUACUAGGUAUAGUAGCCAAAGAGAAUUGAGAUUUAAUGAUCGAGAUCCUAAGCAUGAUAAUUUCAAAGAUGAUGGAUAUGAUGAAUCUAGUGGUAUUGGUGGUGCUAAGAAUCCUAUGUUCGAUAAUAGCAGAGAUCCCAAGCAUAGUAAGAGUAGCGAUCCUAUCAAUAGAGAUCCUAGAUAUGAUACCAAGGAUCCCAGAUAUGAUGCCAGAGAUCCUAGGUAUGAUAAUACCAGAGAUCCUAGAUAUGAUAACACCAAGGAUCCUAGAUAUAAUAAUAACAAAGAUCCUAGGUAUGAUAAUAAUAGAGAUCCUAGGUACGAUAAUAGAGAUCCUAGGUAUGAUAGAGAUCCCAGGUAUGACAAUAGUAAAGAAUCAAGAUAUAACAAUCAGAGAGAUCCAAAAGAUAGCAGACAAAGGUUUGCUGAUCAGAAGUAUUAUAGUUAUGAUGAACGGCAAUACUAUUCAGAUAGAGAGAGCUCCAGGCCCUCUAGUAGAAAUUCAGCAAGAGAUGAAUAUCCAUAUCAACCAAGAACUGAGGAUUAUCCUUAUCAACCAAAUAGAGGUGAUCCUAGGCAUAGUGAAUAUCCACCUCGUCCAUCUUCUAGAAUGAGCGAGUCUGAUUUGAAUCGUAAAACUGGGCAGUACGAAGAUUAUUAUCGCCAAGGGUACCAGCAGUAUCAACCGGAAGCAUAUCCGAGGGACCAGAGGGUUUCAGGUCCUUAUCAGCGACCUCAGCAAAAAGGUUAUGAAUAUGAUUCUUAUCAGCGAGAUAUGUAUUAUGCUUCAUAUUAUGAUGCUUAUCAACGUUAUGCAUAUAAUAAUUUCAACUAUGGCUUUUAUGAUGAGCUUUACAGAAAUGAUCCGAGAAGUGAUACAAGAAGUGAUACUAGAUAUCGACAAUAUCGUGAAGCUCAAGAACAGUACAGACAGUAUUAUGCAAAGCAAGGUUACGAUGAGUAUGAACGAUCAAGUAUUCAUUCUGGUCGUAGUUCAGCAAAUGAGUUGGCUAAAGAUAUGACUGCUGGGCAAUUUCAAGAGCAAGAUAUUGAUUCAAAUGAAUCUGAAUUUUCAACCUUUAACCUUCAACCAAACUACUCUUAUAAUGAUGGUCAGAAUGAUGUAUCAACUGCAGAAGCUGAUCUAACAUCCACUCCGUCAUCGCGACUAACACCUGUGAAAUUUUCAUACCCUCAUCCAAUUGCUCGAUUUUCUCCUGGAGGCUUGCUUAUUACAACAAUUCCUAGUCACAUUAGUGCUGCAACAAUUAUGCCAGUUCGAAUUCACAAUUUACAGGAUAUCAUGGAAGGAGAAGAAUCUUUUGAAGAACUUAAAAACCACCAGGGUCCUUUAGUACGGGGUUCUACUCAUAAAAAUGAUGUAAUAGAGUUCUGCACUCAAAGAAUUAAAGUAGUAAAAGAAAAAGAAGAUAUAGUAGACAGAGAUUCCUAUGUUUUGCUAUGGGAGUUAAUGGUUCUUUUAUUAAGGCAAAAUGGAUCUGUUGCUGGCAGUGAUAUUGCUGAACUUUUGCUGAAAGAUCAUGAAAUUUUGCGUCCUACCCCUGUUCCAUUGAAACAUCCAUUAGACGCAGCAUUAGGUGAACAACAUUCCCCUGCAGAUGUUAAUGAUUCUUCCAGCCAAUCUCAUGCUGGUGAUACAUCUUCUCCAGAUGAAGGAAUAGUUGUAUUGCACGACAGAACUAUUUUAAAUAAUUCUCGAUCUGUAGAUGUUGAUAAAAUCACACGGAAAUUCCAAGAAUUCCUACUGUUUGGACAUAAAAAGGAUGCUUUAGAAUGGGCCAUGAAACAUGGUUUGUGGGGUCAUGCCUUAUUUCUUGCCUCUAAAAUGGAUGUUAGGACAUAUGCGAAUGUCAUGACACGAUUUGCUAAUUCUCUAGCCUUAAAUGACCCUCUUCAAACCUUAUAUCAAUUGAUGUCUGGUAGACAACCUUUAGCUGUCACUGCUCUCAUUAUGAAUGCUGCAGAUAAAAAAUGGGGAGAUUGGCGACCACAUUUGGCAAUGAUUUUAUCAAAUCCCUCAUCGCAUCCAGAAGUUGAUUCUAGAAGCAUUACUACACUUGGUGAUACACUAGUUAGUAAAGGAUGUCUUUGUGCUGCUCACUUUUGCUACAUAAUGGCUCAAGUAGAAUUUGGAACCUUUGAACAAAAAAAUAGCAAGCUUGUUUUGCUCACAGCUGAUCACAUGUUAUCGUUUGAAGAAUUUGCUAGUAAUGAAGCCAUACAAUGUACUGAAAUUUAUGAAUAUGCUCAAAGUUUGGCAAAUCCUAGUUUUGUGUUACCUCAUCUACAGUUCUACAAAUUUUUGUAUGCUUUGCGCCUUGUUGAACAUGGACUUAUUGAGGAGGCUCUUCAUUAUUGUGAAAUUAUAUCCUACAAGCUUCAAGCUCACCCACACAUGUUUCAGUAUGACUUUAUUUCAGAAGUAUUUAAGUUAGCAACUCAGUUAAAGUAUCAUGACCCACAUUUCUUGAGAGGUCAAGGAGAAUUUGAAGACCAAGACGAUCCCGACUGGUUAAAGAAUUUAACUGCCUUAAUACAAAAUUUCAAUAAUAUAUCAUCUACUCCUGUUGACAGUUUUACAAAUUCUUAUGUUGAGCCACAAUCUGAAGCUAAUCAAAACUUCAAUGCUGAUCUUCAACAGUUUGUACCUCCGGCCGAUCAAAAUUUACAUCAGUCUCAAAAUAUCACAAACUCUGGAGUUCAAAGUGAUACUAGUAGCUCACAUACUCAUCUAAAUUAUUACCAGCCAAACAAUUGGAGUCAGCAGAAUAACAACAUUGUAAAUUCAAGUUAUGCUGCAAGUAGUGCAAUUGAUAAUACAGGUUACUACAAUCAAAGUGAUGUUAUGAGCAGCCAAGGAAGCUUUCGUCGAGAAAAUAGUAUUCCAAGUCACGAAGAGAAUGAAACUACGGAUGUUCCUUCAUCUCCGGUUACUCAAACUCCUCCCUUUGAUUAUUACUCUGGGGCUACUCAACAGGUACUUUAUUUUACUAAAAAAAUUUUUAUUUGAGUACUAAAGUAAGUUUUUGGUACCAAACCUACAGACUUUGUCCCAGGGUUGCUACAACCUAUUUAUUAACAAAGGGGAAGGGCAACUUUGCACCAGAACAAAUAUUUUUCCAGAAUUUUUUACAUUCUGCUCCAAAAGAUGAAUUUGAGGGAAUGUGUUCUAGUUAGUGAUCUUCCUUUUCGCUGCUUUCCUCGUAUUCUUGAAAAUGUUAUUUUUGCUGUGAACUCAUGUGUAAAUAAAUUAUCCGGCUAUCUAAUACAAAGA